AUGGAAGGAUUUGUGCAAGUGAUAUCGAGGGAGAUGCUGAAACCCUCAUCUCAAACUCCUCCCCACCCCUCAAAAUUGAAGCUCUCUUACAUUGAUAGAAUGUUUAACGACUUAUACAUUCCCCUCAUCUUCUUCUACAAAGCUGAUGAAUCAAGAGGUUUAACCACCUCUAACCAUUCUCGCGCUCAUCUCAUGGAUUCUCUAUACAUGGAUGAUCAGUUGAAGCACUACUUUCCUUCCGAGUAUAACACAUUCAACCAUGGCAAACAAGCACGACCUCUCCGCGUCGUGCAGAUUACUUUCUUCGACUGCGGAGGUCUCGCCGUCGCUGUCGCUCUUUCACAUGUAGUUGCAGAUCUUUCGUCGGCAAUGGCGUUUCUGAAUGCUUGGGCCGCCGCUUUCCGAGGGGAAGUGGAGAUUUCUCACCGCAGCUUCAGCACAUCCGCUUACUUCCCACCACUCAGACUCAUCCCCUUAUUCGUGUUUAAUAAGGAAAAACUCGAUACUCUGCGGCAAGCUGCUACCACCCCAUCUGAAUCUGCUAUCAAAGAUCCGAGCCGCGUGGAGCUCGUCUCGGCUUUCAUUUGGAAGCAUUUCACAGAGGGCAAAUUGAAGAAAUCGAAGACGAAAAAGAUGUACGCUGCGCUUCACGCAGUGAACGUGAGACCAAGAACGAACCCACCAAACCUUCUUGAGAAUGUUUUCGGCAACUGCUUCAUGUUGGCAAUGGCGUUCGCUUGCAUUAAAGAUCUCCGUCUCCACGGGCUUAUCGGGAAGCUAAGAAGCUCGAUACGAAAGGUUAGAGGCGAUUACAUCACCAAGGCGCUGAACAAGGAGAGUUUCAUGAAGGAUCUGUUUAAGUUAUGGUUUCUGCUUGUGAUGGGAAGAUUAGAGUGGUGCUUCUUCACCAGCUGGCGCGGCUUUCCAACUUACGAUCUCGAUUAUGGAUGGGGAAAGCCGGUAUGGUUCACCACGUCAUCGGUGUCGUCCAAGAAUCUGAUUAUUUUUUUCAACGGCAAGAGCGGUGAUGACAUUGAAGCUAUAGUUACUAUGAAACCAGACGACCUGAAAAUUCUUGAUGCCCAGAUCAACCUCAUCUAG